GGAGCCUGCCCGGCAGACAAUCGUAAAGCUGCUCGGGGGUCGCUCACCUGCUCCCGCCUCCUGGAGCCCCUACCGGGCCUGACUGCUCUUGCCCCCUCCGUUGCCCGCCCCCCGCCCGAGCCGGGCCAGGAGCCGAGAGGUCCGAGAGGCCGGGGGAAGGAUGCCGCUAGCAGCUGCGGUCCCGAGCCACGCACGGUGAUCGCCUCCUCCGGGGGAGGAGGCGCCUAGACCGUAGCCUCAUUUCUUGUUUUCCUCUCCCUCCCCCACUUCCCCGUAAUUACAUUGGCUGCUGGAAGGGACCUGGAGAGAUAGACAGAGGAGGCGCCUCGUAUCCCCCCCUCUCGCCCGCCACCCGUGCUCUUUCCUGUCCCGGGUCAGGAUGACUGGAGUCUUUGACAGUCUGGUGGCUGAUAUGCACUCUACCCAGAUCACCGCCUCCAGCACGUACCACCAGCACCAGCAGCCCCCGAGCGGUGCGGGCGCCGGCCCUGGCGGCAACAGCAACAGCAGCAGCAGCAGCAACAGCAGCCUGCACAAGCCCCAGGAGUCGCCAACCCUCCCGGUGUCCACAGCUACCGACAGCAGCUACUACACCAACCAGCAGCACCCGGCGGGCGGCGGCGGCGGGGGGGCCUCGCCCUACGCGCACAUGGGCUCCUACCAGUACCACGCCAGCGGCCUCAACAACGUCUCCUACUCCGCCAAAAGCAGCUACGACCUGGGCUACACCGCCGCGUACACCUCCUACGCGCCCUACGGAACCAGUUCGUCCCCGGUCAACAACGAGCCCGACAAGGAAGACCUUGAGCCUGAAAUCAGAAUAGUGAACGGGAAGCCAAAGAAAGUCCGGAAACCACGCACCAUCUACUCCAGUUUCCAGCUGGCGGCCCUUCAGCGACGCUUCCAGAAGACCCAGUAUCUGGCCCUGCCGGAGCGAGCCGAGCUGGCGGCAUCUCUGGGCCUCACUCAAACUCAGGUCAAAAUUUGGUUCCAGAACCGCCGGUCCAAGUUCAAGAAGAUGUGGAAAAGCGGCGAGAUUCCCACCGAGCAGCACCCUGGAGCCAGCACUUCCCCACCAUGUGCCUCCCCGCCGGUCUCGGCGCCAGCAUCCUGGGACUUCGGCGCGCCGCAGCGGAUGGCGGGCGGCGGCCCGGGCAGCGGAGGCAGCGGCGCGGGCAGCUCUGGCUCCAGCCCGAACAGCGCCGCCUCGGCUUUUCUGGGAAACUACCCGUGGUAUCACCAGGCUUCGGGUUCUGCUUCACACCUGCAGGCCGCGGCGCCGCUUCUGCAUCCUUCGCAGACUCCGCAGGCGCACCACCAUCACCAUCACCACCACCACGCAGGCGGGGGCGCCCCGGUGAGCGCGGGGACGAUUUUCUAACCUCCAGCGGACAGCGCCAGAAACUUGAGAACUGAGACACCGUGUUCUUCAGCACGCGUCCCGUAGCUAGAGGCUCGAACUUACCAGCCGGCGACCGCCACCCAACCGUAUUGGAAGUGGCAACCAGAGGUGGCCGGUCUCGGGGCCACUCCUCGCACUGCCAUUGAGCAGCCGGGAACAAGGAGACCCCGUGGGAUCCUCUAGUGCCAAGCCCGGCGUCCCUGGCCUCAAUUCCGAUCUGAGCCCCGGCCACUUUUAGGCCAACCUCAGACUUGUCGUCCCUUUCCAGCCCCCUCAUCGUGAUCCUCAGGGUUCUUGGUCUCUCCAGGCCCUGAGCGGGGUCAGGCACAGGGACGCCUUCCCCGCCCUCGAGGCUUCCCGGCUCUCACAGGCUCCUUUUUCCUCUCCUGCUCCUGGCCUCAGCUCCCGUCGGCUUCGGUUGUUGACCUCCCCGGGUCCUACCCCACCCUAUCACGUACCCCCAUGACCCCCGGGAUCCCGCCGGUUUUUUUCCCCUCCUGGAGGCUGUUGGAGAGAAUUUCCUGAUCUCCCAACUCUUCCCGCCUCCCACUUUCCCCAGGAACACUCCCGUAGCUCCUCAUCCAUCACCAGUGGAGGUUUUUUAUUUUUAUUUUUUUAAAAGUUUAGGUGCCUUUGCGGAUGACCUCAUUUUGAUGUUUAAAAAAAAAACUGAUUUUUUUAAUAUGUGGACGCUGAAAAAAUGUGUUUUAAUUAUCUUUUUUAAGAUGAAUUAAGGACUAUUAGCCCGAACUUCGAUGCAGAGUUUGUAAAUAAGGGUAUCUGUGCAGAUUUCCCCACAUUUAUUUGUAUAAAAUUUCUCAUCUUUUCAGACUUUUGUAAACCGCCCCCGAGUUGUGAAAACUGCGACGUAGCAGUGACCUCAGCAGCCCCUAUGUUUUCCCCCUUUGAAAAUUUUUCUCAGUUAAAUUAAGCUACUGAUUUGAAUUUGUUUUUAUCUUGUCCUAAAGUCUUUGUUCUUGAAAUGCAAGGUAUUUGGGGGUUAUUUAUUAUGAAAGCAACAUACUCUUAAUGUUGAUUUUACAAUAUGAAGAGAUUAUUUAAAAUAAAUUAUUGUUUUCAUUGGA